GUCAGGCACAUUGCUGUAGUAAACCUACAGGUACAGUUAUAAGGAAUAAACGUUUAACGUUGUGUCGUAUGGACUGUGAUGACCAAUACAGCCUAAAAAUGAAUGAAAGUGAAUCUGUUUAUGGGACUACAUUGUCUCAGGAAUCAGUAAAGGUAAUUGCAGAGAGUAUAGGUGUUGGAAAUUUUCCUGAUGAAGCUGCUAAAGAUCUUGCUGAAGAUGUAAGCUACAGGCUCAAAGAAAUUAUUCAGGAUGCUGCUAAAUUUAUGAGACAUGGUAAACGCCAACGUAUGACAACUCAUGAUAUAGAUUAUGCUCUGAAAAUUAAAAAUAUUGAACCAACAUAUGGAUUUUUUGCUAAGGACCAUGUACCAUUCCGGUUUGCUUCUGGUGGUGGUAGAGAAUUACAUUUUGUAGAAGAAAAAGAAAUUGAUCUGAAUGAAGUUAUAUCAAUGUCCGGUGGGCAAUCAUGGCCAAAGCUGCCUCUAGAAAUUACGUUACGUGCCCAUUGGCUCUGUAUAGAUGGUGUUCAACCCACCAUUCCAGAAAAUCCACCUCCAGUCUCUAAAGAUGUUCAGAAGUUGGAGAGCGUCGAUCCGACAAGUAAACUCUCAAAUAAGAGUCAAAAUAUUGGUGUUGGAAAACCAGGAGGUGGAGGCAAGAGUCAAAAGUUACGUAACGUGGAAACUGUUCAUGUGAAACAAUUAGCAACUCAUGAGCUGAGUGUCGAACAGCAACUAUAUUACAAAGAAAUUACGGAAGCAUGCGUCGGCUCAGAUGAGGCCCGUAGAGCAGAGGCACUUCAAUCUCUGUCCGCCGAUCCCGGCUUACAUGAAAUGCUGGCACGCAUGUGUACCUUCAUCGCCGAAGGUGUUCGUGUGAACGUUGUACAGAAUCAUCUUGCUCUUCUAAUAUAUCUCAUGCGUAUGGUUAAAGCUCUUCUGGACAAUCCGAGCCUUUAUUUAGAGAAAUAUUUACACGAACUGAUACCGUCUAUUGCAACUUGUAUAGUUUCACGGCAGUUGUGUAUGAGACCGGAAGUAGACAAUCACUGGGCUCUGCGUGAUUUCGCUUCACGCUUAAUGGCUCAGAUAUGCAAAAAUUUUAACACGUCUACGAACAAUGUACAAACCAGAGUAACCAGAAUGUUUAGUCAAGCACUCGCUAAAAAUAGUCAGACCCCGUUAGCGUCUCUGUACGGUGCAAUUGAGGGAUUAUGCGAGCUGGGUCCGGAAGUAAUAAAAGCGUUGGUUAUCCCGAAAAUUAAAUCCAUUUCUGAACGUAUAGAAUCAUGUAUCGAAGGACCGGGUUUAUCGAGUGUGGAUAAAAACGGAGCGGGUCACAUAAAAACCCUGCUUGUGAAAUCAGUCGCUCCUAUUUUAAAAACUAUACGGUCACCGCCGGAUUAUGUGGAGGAUUACAAACAAGAUUACGGUUAUAUAGGUCCUGCGUUAUGUGCAGCAGUUGCGAAGGCUCGUACACAGCCAGCGACGUUGGCAACAACUGCCUCCACAACAACGGCUUUAACGACGAGUCAACAAGGUCCAACAUGUUCUGGAAAAGCUAUCAUGCAAACUGUGGCGAGCUCUAGCCCGGGACAACAAACUGGACGUGCAAUAAUGCUGGGUACAAGUAGAACCCCAGGUGGAAGUAGUACUGGUGGUGGACAAAAAUUCGUGAUUUUGCAAUCACGAUCGCAAACACCAACCGCAACUUGUGCAAUACAACCACCGCAACAACAACAAACACCUCAGACACAACUACAACAACAGUCGCAGCAACAAGUUAAAAUUUCUCAAACGAAUGUUGUCCAACAAAAGGCACACCUACAAAGCAGUGGCACUAAAUUAGUAGUAGUUUGUAUGUCAAGUAGUAAUCACUCCACUACUACUACAAUGUCACAGGCAAAUCUAGCAUCCAAAGCGCAAAACGUGUUUGUUACUCAAGAAGGUAUCGAAUGUACAAUAGCUCCAGAUGAAGAACAAAAUACUUUUCAAUGAUAACGACUACACAACUUAUGAAAAACGAAUGUCUGAUAAUUUGUACAGGAUGUAAAAAGGCCAUUUCCAUUCCCUUUUUUUUAUACUGCAGAAGGAGUGAAAUCUUAACAUGGACAUAACGAAUGCAAAAGGAAUAAAAACAUUUUUUUAUAAGUUUCACAUGCGAUGUUGUUAAACACGUAAUCUCUACGUAUAACAUAACUAUGCCCUAAAUAUAUAAUUUCUUACAUAAA